AAAAACUGACCAGGUCGAUCGACGGACCGACAAACAAAAAAAGGGGCUUGUCAAAAAGAAAGAACGAUCCGACACAGCGGCAGAGUACAGAUCUACAAAUUUCGAAGGACGAGCGGCGGCAGAAAACGGGAGCAAGGAUCUGCGUAGGUGACAAGAGACGGCGAUCUGCGAUCUCAGGCGAGUCGACCGUACAUGGCGUGGCUACCCCAUCGCCAGGACGUCUAGUCGCCGCCUAGUUGACGCCGCGACAACAAUGGUAUACCACUCCAGUUUUGUUGAGGAAGAAGGAAUUACUAAAGCUUGUGGGUGUCCUCUAUUACCACUUAAAAGCCAUAUAAGGGGACCUGCUCCAGUUUCAGAACAUGAUAGCACAGAUAUAAUUGAUGAAGCAAUUACAUUCUUUAGAGCGAAUGUCUUCUUCAAAAACUUUGAUAUACAAAGUUCUGCAGAUAAGCUCCUCAUCUAUUUGACAUUAUAUAUAAAUGUGGCAUUGAAGAGGCUUGAAGGCUGCAGGACAUCAGCUGAAGGAACUAAGGCUAUAAUAAACUUGGGACUUGAAAAGGUUCCUGUACCUGGGGAGGCCGGUUUUCCCUUCCCCGGUUUAUUCAGCUCUCCACAGUCUCAUAAAGAAGCACAGCUAUUCAGGGAUUACCUGAAGCAAAUAAGGGAGGAGACAAGUGGGAGAUUACUAAGUGUUGCUUACAGGCCAAAUGGAACUCCGAAUAAGUGGUGGUUAGCAUUUUCAAAAAGAAACUUUAUGAACCUAACUGCUACAUGAUAUUGGUUCCUCUAAGAGGGGACUCGAAGAGUAUAUUUACACCCAUUUCUCCAGAUAGUGAGUGAUCCAUCCUCCAAAAUAGUGAUUUGUAGAACAAGCAACGGGUGAGAGAAUUGACUGGUUGUAGGUGGUUACAGAGGGCAAGAAGGGUUUUCUUUUUGUAUUUACCAAGUACAUUUUAAAAUUUUAUUCUUGUUUAAUAGGGAGUAUAUCACGUGCAUAGCUGAUUCAAGAAACUUACAUAGGUGAAAUGUGAAAACUCUAUCUUAUGAUUUGUUGUCUUCCCAUUUAUAUCAUUUCAUUUAUAAAGAUGAACGACACCAUAAACAGAGAAAGAGUGAUUCUAUAACAAUAACGA